CGUUCAUCCCUGUCUUUCUUCUUCCACCAUCGCCUGUCCCCGCGAACCGAGCUGAAUACAAAAUGUCGCUACCCCACCAUGCCAUCCGCACCCUCGCCGUCCUUGGAGCCGGUCAAAUGGGUACAGGUAUUGCCCUCGUGUCUUCCCUGCGCGCAAAAGUUCCAGUCCUGCUUCACGACAAAUCCCCCCAACAAACCAAGAAAGGUCUUACUUUUUUAGAGAAGUUACUUGAAAAAGACGUGAAUAAAGGUCGUAUAACAAGUUCAGAAGCAAAGGAAGCACGGGAUAGAAUAACUGUUGUUGGUGAGGAAGCGGGGCUGAAAGGACUCCGAGAUGCAGAUAUGGUGGUAGAAGCUGUUUCGGAGAAUUUGGAACUCAAGCAAAUGUUGUUUUCGAACCUCGCAAGGGAAGUCAAUCCCAACGCAAUUCUGGCGAGUAACACGAGCUCGAUAAGUAUUACGAAGAUUGCCAGUGCAGCUAUUCCGAAGGAUGUCAGUGCAGCUAGUGAAGAAGGGAAGAAAAUAUCUGGACGGGUGGUGGGGUUGCAUUUCUUCAAUCCGGUUCCGGUUAUGAAACUGGUAGAACUGAUCUCGGCACUCCAAACGAGCCAGGAUACACUCGAUCGUGCGAGGAGCUUUGCAGUGGCAUGUGGAAAAGAGGUCACCGUAUCGAAAGACGUGCCCGGAUUCGUAUCGAAUGCCCUGUUGAUGCCGUUUAUUAACGAGGCCAUCAUGCAUCUCGAGAAGGGAAUCGCAACACGCGACGACAUCGAUACUACUCUCAAGCUUGGAAUGAAUCAUCCUAUGGGACCUUUACAAUUGGCUGAUUUUAUUGGCCUAGAUACAUGUCUCGCUAUCCAAGAAACACUGUAUAACGGUACCCGUGACUCCAAGUAUCGCCCUUCUGUCCUUCUGGAGCGAAUGGUAGACGCGGGGUGGUAUGGAAAGAAAAGCGGAAAAGGAUUCUAUGAGUAUUCGUAAUUGAACACAAUCAUGCCUGUAGAUUUAAUGCAUAACAAAAACAGUACAUCGGACGCCUAUAUAACGUUCUUUUCCGAU